AUGCCCAAUUUUCUACCAGACAACUUGCUGGCCUUGUUCAUUCCUCGACCACCGUUGGAAUAUUUGCCACCCGCUACUGAACUUCUCGUGGAUCUCAAUGAAAAACGACCGCCGAUCACCGGGAUUGCUCAAUAUAUCGCGGAAUUUGAGGAUACAGUUGAGAAGCAGCCGGAAACCCUUGUUGAGACGAAUGCUCAGAAGAAAGCGCGCAGACAGAAGCAAAAUGAAGAGCUGAAGUCGUUCAAAUUGGAGCAAGCAAUUGCCCUUUGGAAUCCAGCCGAAAACGCGAAGGCCACCAGGGAUCCAUACAAGACGCUCUUCGUCUCUCGCCUGAACUAUGAAACAUCGGAAUCAAAACUGAAACGAGAGUUUGAGAAAUUUGGCCGAAUCGAGAGACUGCACAUGGUUUACGAUAAAGAUGGGAAACCCCGGGGCUACGCAUUCAUUGAAUACGUCAACAAAGACGAUAUGCGUGCUGCCUACAAGAAAGCCGAUGGAAUGAAGCUUGAUGGUCGUCGCAUUGUGGUGGAUUAUGAGAGAGGUCGCACGCAGAAGAGCUGGCUCCCGCGUCGUCUCGGUGGUGGAAAAGGGGACACUCGACGAACAAAAGAAUCUCGCGCCGAGCUACUAUCGAAGGGAUUUCGAAUCGACGAUCGCGAUAGGAGGGAUUAUCGAUCUGGCAGUCGAGGAUGUGAUCGCGAGCGUGACCGUGAUAGGGAUAGGGAGCGAGAUAGAGAUAGAGAUAGUGACAGACGUCGCUCUCGUUCACGUGAUCGCAACCGAGAUCGGGAUCGACGCGAGGAAAGUUAUCGGCCUACUGCUCCAUCUCGGUUUACAAUGAGAAGAGGCCCGUUGAGUGCAGAUGAAUCUGAUGUUGUGUGGAGUCUUUGCGAGAAACUCAGAUCGGAACGUCUACUCGUGUCGAAUGAGUUGGAGGCGAUCGUCCAACUACACACCCAAAUCGCCGAUCGAAUGAUUGAAUUGGGAAUCAACGAGUGGAGCUCCCAACAACAGCAAUUAACUUUCAAACGUCUACUCCAUUCACACGAGCUGGUCAAACCGGAGACAACUUGCAGUCUGAUUGAUCGAAUGAAUGUUUCAAAAUGGACGGAGGCUCAUCAAAGGCUUGGAUAUCAUAGUUCAAGUUUUGAAGCUCUUCUGCGCUUGUUCUCUGAGUCGCCCAGAGCCACCGCUGAAUUUCUAAAUGGAUGUGAAACUUUAACUCAAAAUGAAAGCAUGACAACUGAAGAGGUUAUGGGAGCGAUUUUCUCAAUGGUUUAUGGACAUUGUAUAUUUCCGAGUGAUGAACGCAGGAUACUCGAUGUGCUAAAAUAUCUAAUUGAUUUGCAAGUUGUUCCACACCCGAAUCCUCGUCUUUCCAUUAGAAAAGGGACUUCCGCUUUUUGUUGCCUCUACAAAUUGUUCACCGAGAACUUGUUUUCGGCAAAAGUGUUUCUAACUUCAGCGUUGCAUGACCCAGUCAUGCUUGUUCUUUGCCAAGAUGAGAUAUUUCUCGACAUUGAUCCGGCAAAAUCUCCACUACGUUUUCCAACAGCUGAAAGACAGAGACUAUUUGGUGUCGAUCCGGAAAGUGCAGAAUAUCAAGCGAAGACUGCCAAGCACAGGAAAAUUAUUCAGGAAAGACUUGUUCAAGUUGCACAUGCUUUUGUUAAAGGAAUUAGCGAUUCAUUGGUAUGCUUUCCAACGAGUUUAACAUGGCUUGUUCAACAAAUGUACAAGUUGCUCAUUGAUGUUGGAAGAACAAGAGACCAAGCGAAAUUGAUCUGCACGGAUUUGGUUGUCACCAAUCUACUCUGCCCAGCCAUCACCAAUCCGGAGAGUCUUGGCAUCAUAAGUGAUACACCGAUCGGUCGCAUUCCAAGGUUUAAUUUGAUGCAAAUGGGUCAACUCAUUCAAACACUGGUAUUGUUGAAAUAUGAGCAACCGUCACCGAACAUGCAAUUUCUUUCAUCACAUUUUAAAGAGAGCUCGAUUUGUGAUCUCGUAGGAAAUUUGUUGAAUCGGAGCCUACCUGAGCUUGAUGCAAUGUUUACACCGGUUAUCACAAGUUCCAACGAUAACGAAGAACUUUUGAGAAGGACAUAUUUUCUUGGAUCGUUACAUGAGAUCAACUCGAUUCUUUGUGCUGUACGAAGCUCGGCAACUGAGAUGAUUAAAGAUGGAAAAGUUAGCAAAAGUAUUAAGGAAUACGUAAAACGAAUGCCGGCUUUCUUCUCCACGCCGAUCAAUCAGGCGCCACUACAAAACGUAAACGGCCGACGGGGAACAAAGAUGAGACAACUUACAGAAAAGGUUCAAAGUGCCAGAAAUUUAUUAAUUUUGCAACGUACACCAUCUGCUAACGAGGUACCGAUUCCGACAAUUGAGCUACCGCCCGAAUACUUCGAUAUUGUGGUCUUCAGAUUAAACGUUGGCGAUGAGCUGCUCGGAUUAAAACCAGAAAACAAGUUCAUCGAGGGAUUGACAAAUGCGAAUGUUGCUGAGACCCCGGGGAAGAUGCCACGACUUCCACCUCGACCAUCAAUGGGCAUUGUGACUCCACCAAUGAUACCUCCACGUCCAAUCGCUCAAAGACAGGAAACUUCGUGGCGACAGAUUCACCAUUCCUCGACGACUUCGGAUAUUCUCGAAUCGUUUCUAAGUGAAUGGGCAAUUGAUGUUGAAAAGCCUCGAAGAAGUGAAUCGGGGAUGGUAGUUGCGGGGAGCCAUCCCGCAAAUGCAGUUACUCAACAAUCGGUCGACGAUAUUCUCAACGAGUACCGGAUUCGAGAAUCACCAAUGACGUUGAUUGAUGCUUCAAAUGAUCUACCAGAAAUCAAUGUACCGCCACAAAAUGUGCUAUAUUAUGAUUCGGAAAACUUACUCCAGUGUCAAGCGUUCAUUGACGCCAAGAGAAAAUUACGUCAUGUUCUUGGAAACAUCGGGACUUUACCAUCAUUUAUUUUAUGUUCAAAAGUAGAAACCGUGAAUAUUGUAGAAUUCUCGUCAGAACGGCUUCAACUAUUGAGACUUUUGCGGGUACUUCUUGCCGAGGCGAUAAACACGAGAGAACAGGUCCUUUCUGCCCACAUUCGCGAAGUGAUACGUGUUCUUAACUUUUUUGAUGACAAAGGGAUUUGCAAGCUGUUGACCAUUUUGCGAGACGAACACCAUGAACGAACGGCUUAUGUGGUCUACUUGCGAGAAUCACGUCUAACUUUGCUUCGGCUUUUGACGCAAAUUCAACGGCUCGAUCAACGAGUUAAAAAAGAACAAACUUUGACUCGUGAAUGUGUUGUGGAGUUUCUAAUCAAAUUCUUCUUGGACAAUCACGGUCAUUCGCACACGAAGCUAUUUGAUGCGUUCAAGCAACUACAAGUUCAGGAUGAACGCACCGAUUUGCUUCAUAAAACUUUGACGAGUCUCGCAAAAUGUCUCUCGGAGAGUCCCAUGUGGAAAGAUGCGACAGAGGAAAUGUUGGAUUUUGCAAACAAAACCGUUGAACGAUCCGUGAUGGUGCCAAUUCACAACUUUGCUUUUUAUCCGAAUUUAGAUGCAGAUAUUCAUCGGGAUAAUGCAUUGCACCGGUCGUUGAGUAAAUUGGCGCGCACAAUAACGCCUGAUCAUCCGAUGUUGCACAUUCCCAAGGAACUACAAGGCGAGGCACCAUGGCCAUCAGCUCAAGCUGAUAUUGAAAUCCUUAACGCCUACAAGAGUCCCAGAGAUAAAUUACAGUGCGUUGUUCGAGCGUGUAGCACCAUUUCGAAUUUGAUCGCUUUGGCGCCGAAAACCGGCCCCGCAUCUGCUGAUGAUCUCACUCCAGUUCUUGUCUACGUUUUGAUACAGGCUAACCCACCGGCUCUCUUGUCGAAUGUUCAAUAUGUGCAAAAUUUCUGUCGUUCCCAUAUGGCCGGCUCGGAUUUGUACUGGUGGACACAAUUCACGUCGGCAAUCGAAUUCAUCAAGACUCUUCUU